GGCUCACACCGGAAGCUGGAGCCCCAUGCGAGAAAAAGCCGGUAGGCGAUGACAGAUCUCAAUGUCACUACACACGGUCCUUACACAAAAAUUAUACUACUUAACAGGCGUAGCGUCAUAGCGUAUUAUUCCUCAUCCUCUGAUCACUCGGUCGGAACAAUGUUCUGGUUGUGAUAGCGAAGAAGCGACAACAUAGGAUCACACGCUGACCGCAAUCCACCUUGUCGCUAACGAAAGGCUCUUGCGAAUCAAAACAAUAUCAGUGUCGGUAAUAUUCAAUACAAUAUCAGGGUGAUAAGGUAUAGUGUGGGCAUGGCCAGUAUCCUCUGUCGAAUCUCCAAAACCUUGGUGAACCAUCGCUUGCCUCCAUUCACGAAAGGCCUCAUACGGCCCAUGGUGACCUUGUCCUGGCCGUUUCAGUCACAGCCGAGAGACUUGAGUCUUCCAAAUCCCUCAUGGAGCAAAGAGAUGCUGCAGCAUUAUGAGCUCUACAACAGCCAGUGUGUGGGCGAGGAUGGAAAGGAAGGCUCUGGACCGUGGAGGAGACUGCCCAGCUACAACCGCUUACUCAAGUUUGCUACAGGGGGAGUGCUGCUCAGUAAGAUCAUCCAGUCGGAGGCGCGCCUUUUUACGAGGAACAUCAAAAUCCCGGGCGCGGGAUUUGAAUACGUUAUGUUCAUUAAAAAAUCGCAGGAGAAAUGUGUGUGUAUAUUCCAGGCUGGACAUCUGCUAGAAGGGCCACCAGGGCACGUCCACGGGGGGGCGACAGCGGCCAUGAUUGACUCAGUAAACGGGACACACGCCACCUACGUGUGCGGACCUGUGAUGACUGCAAACCUCAACAUAAAUUACCGCAACCCCAUCCCAUUGGGCAGCACAGUGGUGCUGGAGUCUACGCUGGAUCAAAGGGAAGGCCGAAAAGCUUUUUUCUCCUGCAUUGUGACUUCAAUAGAUGGCUCCAAAGUCCAUGUAGAAUCAAAAGCACUGUUUCUAUCUAUCUCCAUGAGCCGCAUAUUAGGAGGCUAGCACCCGUCACACCAGCCCACCGACCCGACGAAACAUGUCUGUCUCCAAGCGACCCGAGAGUUCAGAGGUUUGGGGAUCCUUCUUCACUGGCAGUGAGGGUGAUGGAGAGGGACCCUGGAGUUCAGAGGCCCCUGAUGGGGUCCAGCCCUGGGUCCUCUGGCCGUCACCAUGCCUGGGGGCGAGAUUGACGCGAGGAAAGGAAUGAUGUGUGAGUUCUUACCAGACUUCCAGAAGGAUUGACCAACAAAGACUAUUCUU